CAUGCUGGGCCUGCACGUGUUUACUAGCAUGGGAUGGGUGUACGCACGACUCGACUCGUCUGGUAUAACCGGCUAUACUGGUAGUGGUAGCCUUUGUGUUUUUGCGUGAAUAAUCAACAUUUCUUCUGCCAAAAGUGCCUCUGACGUCUAAAUUUUGUCAUUUUGGGAAGAGUAUCAUGUCCACUUGCCAUCAUUUUCGACCUGUAGGAUGAAGACCAGCUGCAGAGUCUGGCGGGGCCGCCAUCCAAACGUCUCGAGGAGACUGUAUCUGUGUAUGAGGUAGCCGGCGAUCACGCUGCAGAGUCGUCGUAGAGGAAUUCCACUCCACAUUGCUGCACUUGAGAGACCCCCGUCCCAAGAAGCAGAGAAGAAAAUACACAGAGAUGCUGAUGGGACCAUGAUGAUGAUGAUGAUGAGAUUUGCUGAGGUACUCUGACGGGAUCGAUCGACUGAGAGUCAAGAUGAAUGCCCCGUUUGCCAACUUCCAAGAAGAAGACCGCUUUCAAACUGUCUCCUCCAGGGCUUACAGAGCACCAGGCUCAAUAAUGGCGGCCAACCAGACAAAGCUUACUGCUCCUCAGAAGAUGUUUGCCCAGCCAGCCACACCGGAAUCCCGUCAGUCAAAAAGUGUGCUAGCUAGACAAGAAAACCUGGAGAAAAACUCUGAAUAUGGUGGGGAGAUGCAAAACUCUUCAACCACUGAUGACACAACUUAUCGAGAAUGCAGUAUCGAGAAUGCAGGGAAUUCAGGGAAUUCUCAAGGAUCCAAAACUAAGAGACCUCUUGAGAGACUGUCGGGUAUCCAAAGCUUUCAGGAGGCUGUUGAAGGGGAGACAAUGGCCAGAUGCAUCGCUGAGAUGUCCCGUAACGUCGGCACUGGCACAGGACCUGCCAGCAGGAGUGGCCAUUAUGCCUACAACCUGCGGCGGGCCUCUGUGGGCAACCCGCGGGACACCCCACGAGACACCAUCAAGUUUGUGGUAGGACCAUCAGGCCGAGCUGAGAUGCCGAGAGCUCCCCAUUAUACCCCUAAGAAUCUCCCUCACAGUCCCCAGAGUCUGCAGAAUCCACCUGUGAGGGGGCACAUGGAGUUACGCAGGCAGAUGAGUGCACCGGUUUUCGGAAAGAGUGCUCCGCCUCCUAAACCACCCAGAAGGCUGACCUCAACUGAUGCUCCGGGCUCCGGGAGCACCUCACCCAACGGAGACAAUGCUAGUUGUAGACCCAGACCAAAAUUGCAUGAAUUUAGGAGGCUUGAUUCAGCCCCUUGUGGGAUGCCAGCAGUAGAAGUCGAAGGAAAGAAUGCACAUGGAGAAUCGAUGAACUUAAAUCAACCACCUGGGAACAAAUACCCUGGUAAUAACAAAGAAUACCAUGAUGAGGCAGUAGUAAGUCCUUGGUCAACCAGAGCUGUUUCUGCCCGUAUCUCAACUAGACCAAGUAAGAGCGAAGGAACAUCCCAAAGAGUUCGAACGCUCUCCAGUUCCAGUAACUCAUCAAACUCCAGUUCCAGUCCUGAUGCCGUGACACCCUCUAGGCCGAUGACUUACAAGACCACUGCGUAUUACCGCCAGGCCUCUGAGCCUGCUUUCAAGCCACAGAGCCAAACCAGCAUCCACCUCCCAGUAGUAGCCAACAGUCGUGAACUGUUGGCCGAAGAGCGAUUCAGCUAUAUCGAGAGAUCCCAUUGUACAAAAUUGAAGAUGCCCAAAUCCAAGAGUUUUGAGUUUUCAUCACUACCGCAACACAAGGGCGCGAGAGCCGAAAGUCCCAGCCACAAUUCCAGCAGCAAUAAAAAUCAAGUGACAUCAAAGAUCCCUGUUCCAAAAGCGCUUCCUCUUUCCUCUCAUAGCAAUGAAUCCAGGGCACCUGUGAAGCCAAUUAGAUUUACCAAUGCGGCUUUCAUGUUUUCAGUGGAAGGGACGCAGUCUGCACCGACUACUCCUUUUGAUGCGCCGUCAAAAAAGGAGAGUCCUUUUCCCUCCAAAAUACCAGUUUCUUCAUCACUUGGAAGUCUUGCUUCUGAAUGUACCCCAAGAGGAUCUACCAGUUCAGUGAAAUCAGCUUCAGCCUCCAACAGAAAAUACUUGGACUCCGAAGAAUCCGGUGCCCACGACCAUACUGGUGGAGAGUAUCAGGUAAUGCACAAUUGGGACUUUGGGGCAUCUAAGCCCACCUCUGGUUCCAAAGAGAAUCUCAUUUCAUUUAAACAAGAGGCAAAUACGCACUCCUCGUCUUCUAAAAAAGCUGGUGUGAAGAGGUACGUCCCAUCCUCGCGCACCAGCAACCAGAAGCGGGGAGGCAACCAGUAUACCUCCCUAAAGUCUAGCCGGGUUUCAAAAUCACUCAGCCUUGAAAACGUCAACGAUGCCUUGCAGGACGAAGACCGCAGCAGUGGCGAAGAAGAAGAGGACACCGACAAGGGGACCCUGAAGGCUGACGGCACCUACAACGGCAGCUGUAAGAGAGAUAGUGGCUCAGGAUUUGCUCGUUACCUCUCCCAAAUGUCCCAGUACACUGGCAAGACCGGACCGACCGAAACACUAGCCCCCAAACAGGCAGCAUCCCUUCCCAAUCGUUACAAACGCACCAAAUCCUGGGAGGCGGGAGGUGAACCCUUACUUGGUGAUUCCCCAGUUCAGCCCAAGCAGGCAGGCAUCGGCAGCAAGCUGUGGGGCUUCACUAAGAAGAGUCCCCUCGUCACGCGAAAAUUCAAACCCAAUAAGAUCCGUAGCAUGUCGGACUCCUCUCCGAAGCGGGAACCUGCGUCGGAACUACGUGCCCGGUACGGCUACAGCAGCACCCAGAAAUCCCAGUAUUCUGGGAACCCCACCAAGAGCCCUGUUAAGCCACCCACUAAGGGUGCCCUACACGGACUGAGACGCAUGCUAUCCAGGGAGUCACUGAAUGCAGACAAAGCUGCCACUAAGAAGAAGAAUGGGAACAACUCCAAGGGUGGGGAUUACUACGGUGUCUGUAAGGCUUGCGGACUGAGCGUGUAUGUUGGGGAGGAGGUUAGUCUUCCGGAUAGUGUCUACCAUACUGCUUGCUUCAAGUGCUCGAGGUAAGUGCUGUUUCACUAUCUUAUACUUAUUCUGCUAAUAUUCUUAUUCAUUUAGGUGGAUAGUUUUAUAUAACACCUGAAUAAAUCCCCGUCAUCUGAUUGGUGGGCCGUUGAU